AUGCGUCAGCGAUUUCUAAUUGUUUUCAGUCUUCUACUCUAUUCUUUUUCUAUUUCAAGCGGUUCGGAAGUGAUAGAAGCUGAAUGGAACAAGCUUUACACUUAUCAAACUGAACCUGAUUCUUCGCUCACUAUAUUCCGGUUUCCUGUUGAAAAAUCGGUAAAUUUUCUAGGGAGUUUCCAAUAUUGAAAGUUUAUGUCAUUAGGAUAUCGUGGCAAGAGUUGUUGUAAGCAGCAAUGACAGCGAUUUGGAUUCUCCGCUCCUGGCCGUUUUCCGAGAGCGGAAAGCCGUCAUGUCCUUACAGGUUUUGUUGGAGUAAUAUUUCUGAUAUUUUGAUAAUCUUUUGUAGGUUCCGAUAAUAAUUCAAAAGUACGAGUACAAUGUAGCUGGAAGGACGCUUUGCCCUUUUUCUUCGAAUAGAGUGAGCUUUCAAGGGGGAAAUGUUGCAAACUUUGUUUCAGGACCCGGAGAGGUUGACUGUAGAGUUCAGCAGUUAUAAAAAAGUGAGGUAUAACUUUCGAGCUACGCUUCUGGAAGAUUUCAAUUUGAAGUAUGUGCAUUUUGAUAGCUAUAUCUUUCAUUUCUCUCUUCAGAACUGGCAUACCCCAUCAAGUCACCGCCAGCGCAUCUCAGCCGGUUUACUUGCAGUACGACAUUCCGGAGGACGUUGAUUCAGUCUUCGUCCAUGUGGAUUCAGAUUCUCACGCAUGUACGACAGUCUCCAUACAACCAAUCGGAGUAAAUUUUCUUUCUAUUGAAAGUUUUUAAAGCACUCUUUUUAGUGUCCGGUAUUUGAUCUGACUAAUAAUGUAAUUUCUGGAGGGAUGCAUCAAACAAUGUCCACUUCUGCAACGAUCACCGUUGAGGUUUCUUGUUUUCUCGACUUUUUUUUAAGAAUUAAGUUUUCCAGAGGAAAAAUAUGCCGCAGUUUUACGUCAUUUUCGUGGUCAACCCGAAUAACAAUUACUGUUCGGAAAUGGCUGAUAUCGUACCGAAAAGUAAAUUGAGCCAAAUUUUAAAAUUUACUUUUCUUAUUUUUAGAGCCAACUAGGAGUCCAAUAAUCAUGAAGAAUAUGAACAUCACUGUCGAAUGGGCCAAUAGUUAGUUUGAGGUUUUGUAUUUCGGUUGGAACUUCAAGUUUUUAAGAUGGUGAUUACGUGAUCCCGUUAGUUACUGCGUCUUCCGUGAUAGCUGUGAUUUACUUCUUUGCCAUAGCCUACAUGAUAGCGGAUUAUCGAAUGGAGAUGAAAUUUAUGGAGCAGCAUCACUCUUUCUUGGAUCGUAUGUUCUUUUGUCCUUGUUAUAUCAUUUAAAUAAGUUAACAGAUCGUACGGCAACUCAAAGAAUUCAAAUAGAAGAGGAAAUCAUGCGGGAUGACGAUUCCAUCAGCAGCUACGACGUUUUGCUAGAUUCGCAGGAAAAACUGGUCCGGCGAGCAAAAGUACUUUUGCAACACGAAAACUCUUGUAAAAGUUGAUUUUUAGAGAAAUUUGGUCGUGGCAGACCUUUCUUUGAAGACGUGGAAACAAAGAGAGAAGAAAUAUAAAGUCUAUCUUGUGUGAGUUCAGAAUGAUUAUUCUGGCAUCUAUGUUUUGAUUUUGCAGCUCCUUAGCUACCGUAGGCUUGUUUUACGGUCUUCCAGUUGUUCAACUUGUUUUGACUUGGCAAAAUACGGUGCGCCUUUCUGGCGACCUUGAUUUGUGCUACUACAACUUUCGAUGUGCGAAACCUUUCUUUGGGUUUUUUUCGCCUUCAAUAAUAUAAUCAGGUAUUCAAAAUUUUGAACCUAUAAAACUUAUUCUUUCAUUUUGCAGCAACAUGGGUUAUAUUUUGCUGGGUCUUUUGCUGGUGAUAAUGAAUAAGGAAAAAGAAGUUCGCUACCAGAGAAUGGCAGCCAAAGCGGAAGAACUUGAAACGGUAACAUUAUUUUUUGUAAGAGAACUAUGGUAUUACUUCAGGUUUUUGGUCUUCCCCAGCACGGAGGAGUCAUGAACGCCCUCAGUUUUGCCGUGAUUCUAGAAGGAGUUCUGUCCGCCAGUUAUCACAUUUGCCCGUCUGGUAGCAAUUAUCAGUUUGGUGAGUUUUAUGAAGAUUCUUUUGGCAGCUUCAAGCGCAGAAAAAAUUAUUUAGAAAAGAAAAACCUUUUCAGACACCUCUUUUAUGUAUGUCAUUGGUAUGCUCGGAAUGCUGAAGCUCUAUCAACUACGGCAUCCUGAUAUAAAUGCAAACGCCCACGUCGCUUUUGCCGUCGUCGCUCUGUUCAUACUCAUUGCCAUGUGCGGCGUGGUACGAGAACUUCAAAAAUAUUCCCCAUUCCUUGUUUUAGUACAUGCACAACUUGAUUUUUUGGGCGGCUUUUUCCCUUGUCUACGUGGUUAUGAUGAUUUCCGUCACUGCCGAAUUUUAUUUCAAGGUUUCUUUCCUAUUUCUCCAAAAAUAUCUCUCUUUUCAGGGCGUUUGGCGGAUAAAAUUUCAUGAAUUAUGGAAUAGCAUCAAAUAUGCCUACUUAUCUUCAAGAAGAUGCUCUUGCAUCCGUCCGACGCAUGCGGUAAUUGAUCAUUUUGUCCGCGAAAUUCAGAGAAUAUUCCAGGGGAGAUUUCUGUGUCUGUUUCUUGCCAACGUCAUCAACCUCUUCUUGUAAGUUAUUAGUUAGAAAAUACAAACACUUUCCUGUUUCAGCAUUGCAUAUGGCCUCUGGUUGCGCCCCAAAGACUUUGCCUCUUUCCUGCUCCUUCCUUUCAUCGCUAAUUUGUUCCUCUAUCUGGUUUACUACAUUAUAAUGAAGGUAUGAUUGUAGUUUUAUUAUACAACAAAGGUUCACUUUUUCCAGAUAGCAAACAGAGAAAGAAUUCAUCCCCGCGCUAUCAUCAUCCUGCUGCUGUCCGCCGUUUGCUGGCUCAUCGCUGGUUAUUUCUUCUUGAAUGCUGGUUCUGACUGGAGUGUUAGUUAUAUUCAUGUGAUGAAAAAUAUGAAGCGAAGAUUUCAGAAAACGCCUUCAAUCUCUCGGGAGCUCAACAGGCCUUGCCUCGUACUCAAGUUUUUCGACAACCACGAUAUGUGGCAUUUCUUUUCCUCUAUUGGAAUUUUCCUUUCUUUCACUCUGAUCAACAGGAUUGACGAUGACUUGAUGUUCACGCCUCGCGACGAAAUCGUCGUUUUCUAG